CCUCUCGCUCACUCCUCCAAACGUCAAUAGGCAGUCUACCAACAUGGCGACGUUAUGCCGUACGUCGGGAAAAUUAUUGGGAAAAGUGCAGUUUUUGCCGGUAUGCUCGCGUAAUUUCAGUUCAGUAAAGUGCAAUAGAUAUUACAAAAAUGUGUGGAAGACAUGUGCGUGUGUUUUGGGCGGAGGGAUGGUCUUGUACGCCGCUAGUUACAAACGCGGAGGCACAGUAUACGCUCUCAAAGCUAAGGAAUCUAGACGCAGAUUUUGCACGAUUCGCGCCUCCACUGUGACCGCGGCGUCGACAACCUAGAUUACUGAUCCGUGGCGAAUUGCAGAUCGAUUUGUGAUGCUCUCAACCGGACGAGCUGGCCAAGUCGGUGAAGCUGACGUCCCGGGAGCGGCGGUUCAUCAAGUUCGCCAGCGUGGAGUUCGGCGGGCAGCUCUACAUGACUCCGCAGGACUUCCUCGAGUCCGUCGUGGAACAGGAGCCCCGACCUCGGCUCAAACGUCGCAUUCUGACGGCCAAAGAGAUCGACCAGCUGCGCGACGCGGUGCCGCCGCUCAAGAAGGGCUCUCCACAGAUGUUCCGCAACAUGAGGGACAAAGGAAUCAUCUCUUACACAGAGUAUUUGUUCCUCCUGUCCAUCUUAACAAAGCCCACGUCCGGCUUCCAGAUCGCUUUCAACAUGUUCGACACGGACGGCAACCAAAGAGUAGAUAAGAACGAAUUUCUAGUCAUCCAGCGCUUGCUCGGCGGCUCGCUCAAGGAGCGCAAAGAUCUGGACGCGAACAGUGAGAAAGCACUGCUAGCCAUAGCGCCGACGUCCAUGACGUCCGCACUGAAGGACAAGUUGGAGCAAGUUCACCAGACGCAGAAGAAGCCUCCGCCCUCCACUAUGGAGAAGAUCUUCAGCUACGCGUGGCGCGGCAAGCGCGGCAUGCCGGAGCAGGGCGCGGCGGAGGGCGCGGCGGAGGGCGCGGCGGGGGGCGGCCCGCACGACAACUACAUCAACGACGAGCAGGGACUGCAGCGCCGGCACAACGUCGACACGCUGCUGCAGGUGCACUUCUUCGGUAAGAAAGGCACGAACGACCUGAAGUUCGAAGGUUUCCGGCAGUUCAUGGAGAACUUGCAGACUGAGGUGCUCGAGCUCGAGUUUCAUGAAUUUUCUAAAGGCCACGAGACGAUAUCAGAAGUGGACUUCGCGAAGAUCCUGCUGCGCUACACGUACCUGGACACGGACGAGUACGACAUGUACCUGGACCGACUGCUGGACCGCGUGCGCGACGAGCGCGGCAUCACCUUCGACGAGUUCCGCACCUUCUGCCAGUUCCUCAACAACCUGGAGGACUUCACCAUCGCCAUGCGCAUGUACACGCUCGCUGACCAUCCCAUAUCCAAAGACGAGUUCCACCGCGCGGUGCGCAUCUGCACGGGGCAGGCGCAGUCGCCGCACGUGGUGCGCACCGUGUUCGCCAUCUUCGACGCGGACGGCGACGGCCUGCUCAGCUACAAGGAGUUCAUCGCCAUCAUGAAGGACCGCCUGCACCGCGGGUUCAAGUCGUACGCCAAGAACGAAGGCUGGGAGGCGUUCAAGUCGUGCGUCAAGCAGGAGAUGAAGAGCUCCGUGUGAGCUUGCAGCAGCGCUACUGGCGCUACGAUCAUUGCGUGUUUAUAUUUAGCACAAAUCUCUCCCAUUAAUAAAUCGAAGCAAUUUUUUUUCUUAUAGGUAGUCUUCUCGAGAGGAAAUUAGUUAGUAAAUUGUAUCUCUAAAUCUGAAAGUCGUUUUCUCAAAGAACUUGUUGGCAGACAUUGCAAGCGCGUAUAUUCUAGUAAUAGUUCUGCGUGUUCAGUGUCCCCCAAAUCUAAAUAUAGACUCAUUGAGUACAGAUCACUGAUAACACGGUUACUAAUUAAGGAAUAUUUUAGAUGUUCCAUUGUUUAUAGAAACGCACCUACUUAGAUCGUAUCUCCUCAGGGAUGUACAGAAUAUGAAAUAUUUUUUACUUUUUUGCAUUUUCCAAUAAUUGUAACUUGAAUUAAUGUAAAUAUUAAUGUCUGCCUCCACGUUGUCUUGCCAAUUAAUUUCCGAAUCAAAUUCAUUAUUUAAUAAGUUGUUAUUAAUACGGGAUUCUUUUCGCGAGGUCAUUUUUCAUUUUACGUAAACGCAUAAACUUGUAAUACAAAUAUUUACUUAUAAAUCGUAAGUUUUCGAGUCACGAAUAUUGGUGUGACUAUUCGUGAUGGGUCAACAGGUGUAAACACAUCAUGAGUCAAAACCGCAGUAUUUAAGUUAGCUAGCGAUACCAAAGUGUGUCAUGUAUAUUGUUGAACGAUAUAAUAUUGACUCGUACAUAGUAAUAGCGAAUGUAAAGUCUGGGAGCUUCUUCCGAUUGGCGUUUAUAUGUGAAAGGUAUAACUUGCUUGUCACCGGCCAAGUACCCGACAAAUCUUGUAUAACUCGGGUUCGAAUUCUCUCUAUUUAAUGCAGGUCAUAAAAGUCCACUCUAAUGUAGUUUAUGAACUAAACUAUGAACUAAACUAUGAUAACUAAAGAGAAAAAAUACAAACACGGCAAAAUGGAAUGUUGUGUAGAGAGUCGUAGCACUUAACACUUGCGAAUGUACGUAUAGUUAUUUUUAUUAACAAAAUGUAUGAUAGCCGACAGCCUCAUUGGCUUAAUGAUUUAGAACCAGUUAUAUCAUUAUAAUAACUGGACAAAGACUGCAUUGCCUAUUCUAAAAUCUUGGCCUGUAACAUACACAAAUAUAAUGUGAAAUCGCAUGUUACUUUAAUAAUUUAUUUGGAAUCUUUAAAUAUUUGUUAAUUUAUAAUUGUGUACUUUGGUUAUGACAAUUGUGAUUUAAAAUAUGCCUAAUGAAAUUAAGUCACUAAAAUAGGGACGAGAUUAUGAACUGCUUAUAUCUGUUAGUUAAUCUUAUAAUAUUAUUUUACUAUACUGCACUAUUUAAGUAUUUCGUACUUAUUGAUAGUCUCAAAGACUAUGUAGGUACAAACACUACUGUAACAGAUAAUAAUCUUCAAAAGAUUAAUUUAAAGUUAGUUGUGAAUCAAAGUAUUACAUACAUAGAGCUAGGUACUAUUUAUUUGAUAUUAAUUUUAUUUCAAGAGAUUAUUAAAAUAAGCAAUCCUUUUGUAAUAGAUAUUUAAUUUGAGUGAUAGGUUCCCCACGAGUACCUAAGAUAAGUUUCUUUUUUUCUGCACUUUUCAAUAGUUAUGGUAAAAAACGUGCGGUAAUAGGUAUUGCAAUAUUUAUGUAUCCUAUUCACAUUUUUACUGUAAUUAGGUAUUUAAUAUUUCUUACACUUUCUAAUAAGUAUAAAAUUAAAUAUAUCUUUCUUGAAAUAGUUGAAAGACCAGUGGGUCCAGUGGUCUUCACACAGUCCCUGUAUCACUUGACGGUAUAUCAUAGAACCUUUUAUGGUCUAAGAUCCGGUAUAAGGAAUAUUAUAUACCCUCAUUGGUUGUUUAUUUGGAAUAAAUAAAUAAUAGAAGAUAUUCACAUUUACAUAUUGCAAAUAGACUGCCUAGUUAAAUUGCGGCCAAACACAUCUUUCAUACAAAACCAUGAACUAGAUGAAAGACAUCAUAAGACUGCCUUCCACCAGAGCGGAGCGAGGGAACGUAGGGGAGAAACGGACUAUUGCAAAUCAAAUCAAAAUUUAUUUAUUGCGAAUUCUGGUUACAGUCAGAUCUUAUUAAAAUAAACACCAAAUUCCACCUUACAGCUUGCAAUAUCAUUAUAAAAAAUAAAUAAAUGUUAAAUAUUAAUUUAUUUAACGCCGCUCUGCUUACCGAUUGUGUAUUUUAAACUAGCUCGCAGUCUCUGUCCACUUAAGGGGAGUGGAAAUUUUGUGUAUUCCUAUUUCUCCGUUUCUCGGCUCCGCUGCCUCACUCCGCUUCGGUGGACUGGCAGCCUAAUACAGUAAAAUUAAGCAUAAAAUUAGACAACUAAAUAACAUAUGAGGGUAUAUAUUCUUCAUGCCGGUUUUCAUACUAUUAUGUGUGUUGCCCAAAUUUAAUGUAUUGAAUAAGGCGUGUGAUUUUUAUUACUAGUCGUUACCAGUGAAAUAUUUAUUAAUUCAAAUGUAGUUUACAGUUUUGUAUGGAAUUCUGCUUUUUGUUGAAAAUAAAGCUUGUUAAUAACGA